GCUCGCGAGUCAGUCAGUCAGUCUCGGCCGGGUCGUCGACGGCGGCUGCUCGCUGCGCCAUGCCCGGUCCUCCUCGUCCUCGUGCACUGUGUUCUUAGAGCAAAGCUCUCGUCGUUGGUCCACGAUGAUUUCGGCGCUGGUGGCCUCCGCCGAAAACAACACGACCACCGCCUUCUACAGCGGCUUCAACCAUACGGCCGACCCAGUGGGGGCCGGCGGGGGGCCCGUCUUCCCCAGCUACAUCCGCACCACCUACAUGAUCUUCUGCAUAGUCAUCCUCAGCAUCGGGGUCGUGGGCAACGUCAUGGUGCCCAUCGUCAUCCUCAAGAGCAAGGACAUGCGCAACUCGACCAACAUUUUCCUCAUGAACCUGAGCGUGGCCGACCUGAUGGUGCUGCUUGUCUGCACGCCCACCGUGCUCGUUGAGGUCAACUCGCCGCCAGAAGUCUGGGUCCUCGGCAAAGAGAUGUGCAAAGCUGUCCCGUUCGUGGAGCUGACCGUGGCGCACGCGUCGGUGCUGACCAUCCUGGCGAUCAGUUUCGAGCGAUAUUAUGCCAUCUGCGAGCCUCUGAAAGCAGGCUACGUGUGCACAAAGGCAAGGGCCUUCCUCAUCUGCGUGCUGGCCUGGCUUUUCGCAGCACUGUUCACCAGCCCGAUCCUGUUCAUCGCCGAGUACCGCUUCUCCGAGUACUACGAUACGACCAUGGUGCCGGUGUGUCUGAUGCAGGCGAACUCGAUCUGGCCGGCCGUCUACUUCAUCACGACCAUCGCGGUCUUCUUCCUGCUGCCACUGUGCGUGCUGAUGGCGCUGUACACGGUGAUCGCGCGCCACUUGAUGGCUGAGCCGGGUCCGCCGGGGUGCAAGUCGGCCGGUACACCCGGUGGCACCCUGUCCAGCACCAGCGGACAGCAGCAGGGUGGCGAGAGCAGCAACCUGCGCGCCCGCCGCCAAGUGGUGCUGAUGCUGGGCACGGUGGUCGUCUCCUUCUUCAUCUGCCUGAUGCCGUUCCGGGUGCUCACCCUGUGGAUCAUAGUGGUGCCGUCCGAGACGGUGUUCCGGCUCGGCGUCGAAGGCUACUACAAUUUGCUCUACUUCUGCCGCGUCAUGUUCUACCUCAACUCGGCCAUCAACCCCAUCCUCUACAACCUGAUGUCGUCCAAGUUCCGGCUCGGCUUCUCCAGGUUGUGCGGCCUUCGCCGGCGGCGCCGCGGCCGAUGGCGCCGCGGCAGCGAGCUAAACCGCCUGCAGGGCAGCGCCGCCGACCUGACCACCGUGCAGCGCGGCGACCUCGCCGGCAGCCGCAUGUCGGGCACCGUGUUUACGCGCAACGGCACCCUCACUUCGCUCUCCUACUCGAGCUUCUACCACAACAACAGGCACAACUCGACCAGGCUGUCACACUGCGACACCAGGGAGAACAACAACGCCAGCCCCAAGAACGGCACCCGCAAGUCCCUGAUCGUGCGCAACCCGUCUACUAGUCUCGAGCCCGGUACCACCUCAGCCGGGUCGGCGGCCGUGCUAGCGCGAUUCACCGUCAGACAGGGCAGCUUCGACGCUCAGCCCGAGAGCUACGUUUAGGAGUCCCUAGCGUCGCGUUGGUGCGCAGAACGUUCGUGCCUUUGAUCGGUUCAUCAGAUGUUCAGUUGGUUUAGAAACUAAACUAUUGUGGUGCGACCUUGGAAUAAUUCGUAACUCGGUCUAUAAUCAGAGCAUGUGCACCAAGCAAGAACUUUACAAUAGGGCUCUAACGUGCACUUCACUUAACAGAGGUGCUGGAUAAGAUUUUCUUAAAACUCCAUAAAUGAAUCACUGGUACAAAGAAGCACUUUUCAAAUUAACUCUCCAUUUGUAGCAGUUAAAAAACUUUCUCAGAGUAUUUUGAAUUGUACGAAAGUUUCUCUUCAAUAUUUUUCAGCCGUGAGUUUUCAAAAAUGCAAAAUAUUUUUAUGCUAAAGAAGGAAUUUUUUUCUGACGAUUCAUAAAUCAUUCUGCGCACCAACAGACAUUCACGAUAUUGAAAAUUAAAAAAAAAUCGACCAAUGCGUUGGUUUGUUUAACUCUCUUUUUUAUUCGUAUUUUGCAUCUGCGCAGAGGCUGUGUAGAGUGUAGGCGUGCGCAGUUUCUCAUCAUACACAUAUAUAUUAUAUGCUCUUCAGGUUGAAAUAUUCACCUUUGACGCUUAACACAAUUGCUAUGUUUUAUGAAAAGUUAAAUCUCUCGAAUCGGGUUACCCUAAUGCGAAACGACGACGUUUUUGAUAAGAAAAGCUGAAAAUUCGAAAUUAGAACAUUCGAUGUGGUGUUUGAAGUCGUUUAAUAGCCGUUAACUCUCACAAUCAGUGAAAUGAAUGUAAUCUUUCUGGCUGGAAUUUCUCCUUAAGAAGUAUUAACCGCAAUGAUUUUGCCUCUUGAACAUAUUGAUUAUGAAAUUCCGGCAAGUGAAAUGAUCAUUGGGCCGAUCAAGUGAUGAUAUUACGGUGGUAAAACUCGCGUUUGUGAACCUUUUCAUUGUACGAUAUCUCCUUUAUAUUCAGGGAAUGCUCGCAGCAAGACUGAUGAAGUAUUUUAUAACAAUUGUUGAAUCGAUCUAAUUUACUUGUUUUAUCGAAACAACCAGAUGUAUUUACACGUUUAAAUUAUUCUAUUGCAAUCAAAACUUCUACACCGACUAGGAGAAGCGUGCAAAAAGUGGACAACGAGAAUGCUCGACGUUUGGUGCUGCCGCAAGAAAACCCAGUUGCUAUACUCGCUCUGUGCAAUUUUUGUGCGCAAAUAAUUAAUCGGUCGUUGCUGUUUAAAUGUAUCUCAUGUUUGUUAACUGUGUUGUGGAACGGAUUUAUGUUUUACACUUACCGCACUCUUAUCUGCGCUGAAUCACAUUCCAAAGUCAAGAAUAAUAACUCAGUGGUAUUGUCGUUAGCCGCGCUCUUAUGCUCGCAUUUUGUGCAACACGUCACACUCGAAACUCGCUGUACUCUUCCAUCUCUGUAUCUCACCUUACGCGUAAAAACAAAAUAAUAACGUUCUCUGUAAGCAAAGCAGGAAUUGCACUUCAUGUCGAUUCCCUAAAAUACUUAUUCAUCCACAUUCCCCAAUCUCUCUUUUCAAUCCGACAAUUCUCGUGUUGAUAUUACGAAAAGAACUCCAUGAAACGAGCAAGAUCCAAACUAUUUUUGUGUACUUAUCGAAUGGUGAGUCUUAUCGCUCUUUUUGUUUGUCUCUCAUCUUAAGAUGGUUCCAUUAAUGUCUAAAUAAAUGAAUUAAGCUGAAA